UAAACCCUAGAAAAGGAGCAGCUUGCCCUAGGUCCCGCGCCAGUCAAGGGGACUCCAGACUCCAGGCUUCCAGACCAUACCUCCCUCCGCCCCGCCAAGCGCCACAGACUACAUGGUGCCGCCUUAACAUCAAUGAAAACCAAUAUAAUGGUAAAAACGAAAAUGAAUUGCGUGCCAAGACACCACUGCUCAGAGCUUUAAAUAUACCAUCUCAGUUCUCUCUGAACAUGUUCUGUUCUCCCCGUUCUACGGAACAGGAAGUGGAGCCCCAAAGAGGUUAAGCAACUUGCCCACGGUCACAGGGAGAAGUUAUACACUGGUUGGCAUGUUCAUUAUAUGUUGCAUGUCGCAAAAGCAUUAUUCCCACAGUUGGAAAGGGUAUCAUGGAAGGAAACUGUGUUUCACUUACCAGAAUACUACGUUCAGCAAAAUUAAGCCUCAAUCUGAAGAUAUUAUAUGGAAAAUUUCAUAAACAAACAACUCAUAAGUUUUAAAUUGCAUGCUAUUUUGAGUAGUAUGAUGAAAUCUUAUGCCAUCCUCUCCAUCCUGCCUGGGAUAUGGAUCAUCUCUUUGUCCGAUGUAUCCACAGUAUAUUCUACUUGCCUCAUUAGUCACUUGGUAGCUGUCUCAGUUAUCAGAUCAUCAGAUCAUAAGAAGAAGAAGGUUUAAUACAGUUUUUUAGUAAAAUGAAGAAAUGGAUGGACAUGUCAAACCUGCCACAAGAAUUUCGUGAACGUAUAGAAAGGCUAGAGAGAAAUUUUGAGGUGUCAACUGUAAUUUUCAAAAAAUUUGAGCCAAUUUUUUUAGAUCUAUUUCAAAAUCCAUAUGAAGAACCACCAAAGUUACCACGAAGCAGGAAGCAGAGGAGGAUUCCUUGUAGUGUAAAGGAUCUCUUUAAUUUCUGUUGGACACUCUUUGUAUAUACUAAGGGUAAUUUUCGUAUGAUUGGGGAUGAUUUAGUAAACUCUUAUCAUUUACUUCUGUGCUGCUUGGAUCUGAUUUUUGCCAAUGCCAUUAUGUGCCCAAAUAGACAAGACUUGCUAAAUCCAUCAUUUAAAGGUUUACCAUCUGAUUUCCAUACUGCUGACUUUAGGGCUUCUGAAGAGCCUCCCUGCAUAAUUGCUGUACUGUGCGAACUGCAUGAUGGACUUCCAGUAGAAGCAAAAGGAAUAAAGGAGCACUACUUUAAGCCAUAUAUUUCAAAACUUUUUGAUAGGAAGAUUUUAAAAGGAGAAUGCCUCCUGGACCUUUCUAGUUUCACUGAUAAUAGCAAAGCAGUGAACAAAGAGUAUGAAGAGUAUGUUUUAACUGUUGGUGAUUUUGAUGAGAGGAUCUUUUUGGGAGCAGAUGCAGAAGAAGAAAUUGGAACCCCUCGAAAGUUCACUGGUGAUACGUCAUUAGGGAAACUAACAGCUCAGGCUAAUGUGGAGUAUAACCUUCAACAACACUUUGAAAAAAACAGAUCGUUUGCACCUUCUACCCCACUGACAGGACGGCGGUAUUUACGAGAAAAAGAAGCAGUUAUUACUCCUGUAGCAUCAGCCACCCAAAGUGUAAGCCGUUUACAGAGUAUUGUUGCUGGAUUGAAAAAUGCACCAAGUGACCAACUUAUAAAUAUUUUUGAAUCUUGUAUACGUAAUCCAAUGGAAAACAUUAUGAAAAUAGUGAAAGGAAUAGGAGAGACUUUCUGCCAACACUAUACUCAAUCAACAGAUGAACAGCCAGGAUCUCACAUAGACUUUGCUGUAAACAGACUAAAGCUGGCAGAAAUUUUGUAUUAUAAAAUAUUAGAGACUGUAAUGGUUCAGGAAACACGAAGACUUCAUGGAAUGGACAUGUCAGUUCUUUUAGAGCAAGAUAUAUUUCAUCAUUCCUUGAUGGCUUGUUGUUUGGAAAUUGUGCUCUUUGCCUACAGCUCACCUCGUACAUUUCCUUGGGUUAUUGAAGUUCUUGAUUUGCAACCAUUUUACUUUUAUAAGGUUAUUGAGGUGGUAAUUCGCUCAGAGGAUGGGCUCUCAAGGGACAUGGUGAAACACUUGAACAGCAUCGAAGAACAGAUUUUGGAGAGUUUAGCAUGGAGUCAUGAUUCUGCACUAUGGGAGGCCCUCCAGGCUUUUGCAAACAAAGUUCCUACCUGUGAAGAAGUUAUAUUCCCAAAUAACUUUGAAACAGUAAAUGGAGGAAAUGUACAGGGACAUCUUCCUAUGAUGCCAAUGUCUCCUAUAAUGCAUCCAAGAGUCAAGGAAGUUCGGACCGAUAGUGGGAGUCUUCGAAGGGAUAUGCAACCAUUGUCUCCAAUUUCUGUCCAUGAACGCUACAGUUCUCCUACGGCAGGGAGUGCUAAGAGAAGACUUUUUGGAGAGGAUCCCCCAAAGGAAAUGCUUACAGAUAAGAUCAUAACAGAAGGAACAAAAUUGAAAAUUGCUCCUUCUUCAAGCAUUACUGCUGAAAAUAUAUCAAUUUUACCUGGUCAAACUCUUCUAACAAUGGCCACAACCACAGUAACAGGGACAACAGGACAUAAAGUUACAAUUCCAUUGCAUGGUGUUGCAAAUGAUGCUGGAGAGAUCACACUGAUACCUGUCUCCAUGAAUACAACUCAGGAGUCCAAAGUCAAGAGUCCUGUAUCACUUACUGCUCAGUCAUUGAUUGCUGCUUCUCCAAAACAGACCCAUCUGACUAAAGCACAAGAGGUACAUCCAACUGGAAUAAGCAAGCCAAAGAGAACUGGGUCUUUAGCACUGUUUUACAGAAAGGUGUAUCAUUUGGCAAGUGUACGCUUACGUGAUCUAUGUUUAAAACUGGAUGUUUCAAAUGAGUUACGAAGAAAGAUAUGGACAUGCUUUGAAUUCACUUUAGUUCACUGCCCUGACCUAAUGAAAGACAGGCAUUUGGACCAGCUCCUCCUUUGUGCCUUUUAUAUCAUGGCAAAGGUAACAAAAGAAGAAAGAACUUUUCAAGAAAUAAUGAAAAGUUAUAGGAAUCAGCCCCAAGCUAAUAGUCACGUAUACAGAAGUGUUCUGUUGAGAAGUAUCCCAAGAGAAGUUGUGGCAUACAAUAAAAACAUAAAUGGUGAUUUUGAAAUGAUAGAUUGUGUCUUGGAAGAUGCUACAAAAACACCUGACUGUUCCAGUGGACCAGGGAAAGAGGAAAGAGGUGAUCUUAUCAAAUUUUACAAUAUGAUAUAUGUAGGAAGAGUGAAGUCAUUUGCAUUAAAAUACGACUUGUCAAAUCAGGACCAUGUGAUGGAUGCUCCACCACUCUCUCCUUUUCCACAUAUUAAGCAACAGCCAGGCUCACCACGCCGCAUUUCCCAACAACACUCCAUUUAUGUUUCCCCGCACAAGAAUGGGUCAGGCCUUACACCAAGAAGUGCUCUGCUGUACAAGUUCAAUGGCAGCCCUUCUAAGAGUUUGAAAGAUAUCAACAACAUGAUAAGGCAAGGUGAGCAGAGAACCAAGAAGCGAGUAAUAGCCAUCGAUAGUGAUGCAGAAUCACCUGCCAAACGCCUCUGCCAAGAAAAUGAUGAUGUUUUACUUAAACGCCUACAGGAUGUUGUCAGUGAAAGAGCAAAUCAUUAAUGUCAUUCCUGUUUCUAUGAUAAAAGCACUUUUAGUUUGUUCUGCAGAAAGUUGGGGCUCUGUCCUUCACAUCUUUCAGCCCUAUAGAUGGUAAAUAUCACUGGGUUAUAAGAAAAAGUACACCAAAAUUAUGUGCUUUUUUUUUUUUUUACAUUUAUCCAAAAUGUAGUUGACAGAAAUGUUUUUUGAGUUAGGUUGGAAAGGAAUAUUUUAAGUACCUUUUAGAAGUACUGAUAGUCAUAGAAUUUUUUAACUGUUUCUUGGGUUAGUUAUUAAGAUAAAGUAAGGGGAACCCCAUAACUUUUUAGCUGUCAUUUAAAAAUAAUCAAAUGAUUCCUCAUGUGCUUUGUAAUAUGAGGGUAAUCUAUUUUUGUUAAGCAUGCUAUGAGAUAUUUGUAUUUUCAAUUUAAUAUUGAAGGUAAGGGUUGGUUCUCAUAGUACCUGGGCCAGAAGAUGAUGCACCAGCCUCUCUGGCCCACUGUGGUAACUCUGUAUCCAGGUGCCACUACUCUUCUGGGUUAUUUGAUCCCUUCUUGUGUCCUUCCUGUCCUUGAGCAUAAGCAGAUUUGUGCCUAAGCCUCUGUGCUAUCCCCAUUACUUGCUUUCCAACCGUGAGCUCUCUUAGCUUGGUGUCACAACCCAAUAAAAGGGGUACUUCUUUUUUAAACUACUAUAAUUUUGUUUUUCAUGACAUUAACUUAAUUACAUGAUUGUAGUAAGUCAUGUAAUUCUCAAAUACAAAGCUGCUUCUCAAGCCAGUAGAAUAAACUUCAGAAUACAUUAGAAACUGAAUUUCCUGGGCUGAGCGCCGUGGCUCACGCCUGUAAUCCUAACACUCUGGGAAGCUGAGGCAGGUGGAUCCUUUGAGCUCAGGAGUUCAA